GUGAAUGUUCAGUACUCUGUAUAAUGAUUGUUUAUGCUCUGCAGCUUCUGUAUGGCUCUGUGAGCGUAAGAGAUGGAUCAGCAGCAGUCAUGCAGAGAGGCAGAAAGAGAGGGAAGAGAGCAGUACCAGCUAACCUAGAGGGCGCUCCACAGGAGCAAUUGAUUGGUGGUCCGCGUAUAAAGCAUGUGUGUCGAGCAGCAGCAGUGGCACUGGGGAAACCACGCGCCAUGGUUCCCGACGACAUUCCAAGGCUCAGCGCCCUUCCUCUGCAUGAGAGAGAGGGGAUCACUCCUUCACCUGCCGAAGAGGAUGUAGCAUCUCACUCAGAGGCUGAGAGUGAAGAAACUGUUGAGCCGAAGCCGACAUUUAGACGCAGGUACGAAAGCACAGCUUUUGGCUGUCGGCUACAACGCUGCAUGCGCUGCAAGGGCUGCAGUCGGAUGGAGGACUGCGGGAGGUGUGUUUUCUGUCUGGACAAGCCCAAAUUUGGAGGACCCAACAAGAAACGACAGAGCUGUGUCCUAAAGAAGUGUUUGCUGAUCGAGCGGAACAAAAUGAGACGAUUUAAUAAAGUCCAGAUGAAGCGGCGCCGGCCAUCAGCGGCUGCUGGCAUGAUCAGCAGCAAAGAAGAAAACGAGGACGAAGGGGGAGAUGAUGGAGGAGGACAGACCCAGUUCAGCCCCACUAGGAGGCAGCCCAGGCGACAAGUCACUCCUCAGUCCUACAGAAAACUGCUGGGGUACGACUCCUCUGACACAGAGAGUGUCAGCUCUGAAAAGACAAAGGCCAGUGGGACCCAAAAGACUCAAUCCAGUGAAAUGGCUACUUCUGUAACUGCUCCAGAAGAGGCAACAAAGCAGAAACGGCAAGGGCUUUACAGAGCAUUUUGGGCCCAACGCAGAAAUUAUAAGAGUUCGGGGGAGCACACGCCGUCCAGUGUCCUGACUCAACUGAUUAAUGGCUGCACUCAGAGGGGCAAGCUGUCACAGGGGACGAUGAACAAGAUUCGUGUGGACUUCAAGGAAGACUGUCACAUCCAGAACGUGUGGUUGAUGGGAGGAUUGAGUAUUCUCACUUCAGUUCCCAUCAUGCCCCAGUUUGUGUGUCUGCUCUGCGCCAGCAAAGGCCAGCAUGACAUGAUCUACUGUCAGAUGUGCUGUGAGCCUUUUCAUCUUUUCUGCCUGCCACCGGACGACCGUCCUAAGGAGGAGAACAAGGAGAACUGGUGCUGCAGACGCUGCAAGUUCUGCCAUGUUUGUGGCCGCAAGAGCAAGCAAGCAAAGCCAGUUUUGCAGUGCAAGAGAUGCAUGUAUUGCUACCAUCCAUCCUGUUUGGGACCCAGAUAUCCCAAACCUGUCAAAAUGAACACUUCAUGGAUAUGUAUGCUGUGUAUUAGGUGUAAGAGCUGUGGUGUGACUCCGGGGAAUUCCUCAGAUAUAUCCUGGAACCAUGAGCUGGACCUCUGCCCUGACUGUAGCAAAUUCCAUAGCAAAGGGAACUUUUGCACUGUGUGUCUGAAGUGCUUCGAAGAACAUGAGUUUGACAACAGCAUGAUGCAGUGUGCCCGAUGUGCCCACUGGGUCCACCCCAAAUGUGAGGGGCUCACAGAUGAUUUGUAUGAGAUCCUGUGUCGUCUGCGGGGGGAAAGUCUGGUGUUCUCCUGUGCUCCCUGCAGUAAGAGAUUCCGCAGCGGUUGGCAGGAUGUUGUUCAGGAAGUUUUGAGGAACGGUCUGGAGAAAAUCAUGAAUGGAUUGAAGAGCUCUCCGACCAUCUGCCACCUCUUCAUGUGUACACAGUGUGAGGUUUGUCCAGAUUUUGAGGUUGUAAAGGAAAGGUCAAACUGUUGUCUACAUCCUGUAGAGAAGAAGCUGGAGAAUGGCCUGUACACUUCACUGAAAGCAUUUCAUGAGGAUGUGGUGGCAGUGAUGGUGGAAAGGCUGAGAAAAGCAGAACAUCUAGAGGAGCAAAGGCCCACCAGCCAAGCCAAAUUGUAUUAUAUAAAGCUAAUAGAUCAAGUAUUUAGCUGGUUCAACAGUCAGGAACCCAAAACUUGGAACUCUCAUAUGCAAGAAUUUCCAAGCGGUAUGCUCCCCGAGGCUAUAAUUCCCCCCAGCGAUGAACACAGUUAUGCACAGUGGCUCAAAGAGCAGGAUCCAGAAAACCCUCAAUCGAAAUCUCAAGAUCUGCAGAAUGUGAACUCUCAGUCUUUCUCGGAUGAAAGACAGUGCUCCCUCUGCCAGCAACAUGGAGACGCCAAACCGAAUGAUGCUGGUAGGCUGCUGUAUAUUGGACAGAACGAAUGGGCUCAUGUGAACUGCUGCAUGUGGUCGGCUGAGGUGCAGGAUGUCAAAGGAGCUUUGCUGCAUGUCCACAGUGCCGUCGCCAGGGGCCGCUUCAUGCGCUGUGAGCGUUGCAGCCAGACGGGGGCAACUGUGGGCUGCUGCCUUACCUCAUGUCAGAGUAACUACCACUUCAUGUGUGCUCGUGCCAGCAACUGUGUCUUCCAGUGUGAUAAGAAAGUCUACUGUUACAAACAUCGUGACCUCAUAAACAACAAGAUUGAACAAAGCAGUGGUUUUGAAGUUCUCAGAAGGGUCUACGUAGAUUUUGAUGGAAUCAGUCUGCGUAGGAAGUUUCUAACAGGCUUGGAGCCAGAGUCCGUAAAUGUGAUGAUUGGGUCUCUACAUGUACAAAAACUUGGUGUUCUGACAGAGCUGUCUGCAAAUUCUGGAAAAUUGUAUCCAGUUGGUUACCAAUGUUCUAGAUGGUAUUGGAGCACUGCUGACCCUCGCAGGAGAUGCCGGUACACUUGUAAAGUGACAGCGGUGCAACCAUCAACACGGUGCAAAACUCCUAGCACCAUGGUGGAUCAGGGAGAAAAUCAUACAAUUGUACACAGUCCAAAAGCUCACAAUGAUGAGGAUGGCACAGAUAGCGAAUCAUUUUCACCUGGGCUGCCCCCCAGCACCCCCUCCGAGACCAAUCAGUAUAUGGGGGCGGGAGGUAAGACUCCUGCCUAUCCACACAGCAGGAGACCAGCAGGAGGAAUGUCCAGACCGUUACCUUCCCCAGGAAAUGCUGUUUCCACAUCCCAUCACAUUUUGACCAUCAGUGACCUUGAUGAGACACGACGUGCAACAAGGAGACAUUCCACACGUAGCCGAAAUGCCUCUCCUCCCCCUGUGGGACUUUCAGGCCCCAUGGCUUUGCGAUCAGGGGGGUUGAUUCACCCUAGGUCGCUUUCAUUCAGCCCCCCUGUCUCACCACUUGGUGCAACCAAGAACCUCAUGAGCUCCACCUUACCUCGACGAAGAGGGAGGCCUUCCUCUGUGUCUUCCUCUAGCAUCACCUCAGGACCCUCUCCACCACAAGCAACUCAUCGAAGUCCCUCUUCCACUUUACCUUCAUGUGUCCGCCAUUCCCCAAGACAUCAACAGCCUUUUAAAACGAUACAGCAUAAAACUGAUGAGGUGGUUCAAGAGUUCUUUGCCUCAUCAGGGCCAGAGGAGGCUGCACGUGCACCAAGCCACAGAAUUCCCACAGCAACUGAUAAGAAUCAAGAACUGCUCUCUGCACACUUUGAUCCAGACACAGAUGUAGCGGUGGCCUCGGUAUUGAAUUCAAAGCUUGAAUUUGAUGAGGCUUUACUCAAUGAAAAUGUGGCUCUGGACUGUGAUUCUCAAGGUGGAGAUGGAGAUACAGAAGGAGUCUGCAAAUUCACCACUAGCAGGGAGGACUUGUCAUCUCCUUUGACUUUAGAGAUGCCAGUGGAAACAGAUGAUGAUGAUGUCACUGACCAUUAUCUGAAUUUCUCUCGCACAGUUGUGGUCCUUGAACCUGCCAAAGAAUCAGCACAGGCAGAUCUCUCUGUCCUUCCUAACUCAGGGUCCAUCUCACAGCUGGAUGGAGCUGACAAGGACUCAGAGAGUGAGACAGGUGAAGCCAACACAGACGAUGAUACUCAGGAAGUAGAAAGUAGUUUUUGUAGUCAGGAUACUGAGCCAUUAAAACACAAUGGGCGGAACAAGGGCAGAACCCUUGGCGAUGGGCAGCUUGUUUGUCCAAGAACACCUCUUGCAAAUCCACAUAAAACAGAUUCUGUUGAUCAGAAUUCUCAGGUAGAGACUCAAAACAUGGACCAGGUCUGUGAAGAACAGGAAAUUCAGGAAAUAACUUAUUUUCAAGAUGGUGGGAAUGUAAUUGUUGAUUCUGACGUAUCCAAUGGACAAGAAGCAUCAUUUCCCGAAGAACUAAAAGGAACAACUCCCAUCCUUUACAAAAGUGGCGAUCUUGUUACGACCCAAGAAGAAGUCUUGCUUGAAAAUGAAUCAACGGAAGGCUUGCAAGAAGUGUUCUUGGAUGACACCAGUGGGAAUUUCAUAUCCGCUGUUGAUGGCAGGGUUUUGGACUUGACAGAAGAUAAUGGGGCAGAGGUGGCAACUGAUUCUUCACCAGUAUACAAGAAUGAACAUGUUUUAAAUAGAGUUUUGUCUCCUGAUGAGAAGCCGGCAGCAUCUGUGCCAGUGAGUAGUACUAGAACGAUUAAUGUUGUUGCACCACCUACGGCUACAAAAAGAAGUUUUGUGACCAUACAACCAAGUUCCCAACUCAGAACCUUCCAGAUGGCAAUGCCUGUCACCAACUCUCUGCCCAUUUCCAUGCCUGUCAAUGUUGUAUCAUCUUCUCCCACCAUUUCAGUUGCACCACAAGGACCUCCACUUGCUCCUGCUUCGGUUGUAGUAAAUGGUUUUGGAGCUCUGCCUAAGGAAGCCACUAAGGGUCGUACGAUUGCCAUACGCAUUGCCACCCAAAAACAAGUGACUGAACAGUCUCUGCCCCACUGUUUACCUGGUACACCCCCUACGCCUCAGGUUCUUCUGGUCAACCGUGCGGGACAGAUUCUAGUGAAAAACCCACUGACUAAUACAUAUCAAUUACCUAGCUCUAAUUCCCCCUCCUACACCCAAAUCAGCCAAAUUGCGAAGAUAAUCCACAGCAAUGUUCUCCAGCGACCCGUUCCUAAGGUUAUAGUGAUACCAGUGCCGCAGGUUCAGGCUAACCUCGGCAAAACCACACCAAUGCGUAUCUUAUCUUAUAGCAACAACAAUCGAGCAACACCACCAACCCAAGUGCUAAUCAGGAGGAUUCCUCAGAGUUAUCCUGGAAGCCAAUUGCAUAGCAUCAGUCCGUCGAUACAAAGACCUGGCUCGAUUUCUGAAGGUGGGCAGGAGAUGGCCCAGGCGAUACACGAUAAAGCAAUGGCAAGUCACUGUGAAAUAGGAAGUCCCAUUGGCAUGAGCCCUUCUCAGUCCCUUGAAAAACGCCUCUCACCUGAAUCAAAAGAUUCAUUCCCUGGGUUUCAUCUUCGGACUAAACCAAACAUAUUGUCCCACUCCAGACCUCAAGUCAAGAUCAAGAGAGUGUCUUCAGUAAAUGAUCGAUUUAGUAUAAAAAGAUGCAGGACGGAUUUCUUGGAACAGGUGGAUUCUUAUUCCCAAGAUGCCCACAGCAGAUCAAACCGCGUUCGAAUAAAGGCCCCAAGUAUAAAGGAUGUGCUUGACGACCCUGAUUUUGGAUCUCUCGACCAGCCAAAGAACGAUAAAUCCAAGGUUGCAAAAAAAGAGAGAAUUACUCCAAAUGAAUCCGAGCCCACUGCGGUGCAGAGAUAUGACAAACAGGACAGUGCUAAAUCUCAGUGUAUGAACUCCAAACAAGGUUGGAGUUCAGAUGAGGACUCUCUAUCACUAGGCAAGCAGGAUAAGUGUGCCAGUCAGUGUCAGCCCCACCUGCACUUCCAGAUUACCAGUGAGGAUGGCUUUAGCGUAGAAGCUGACAGCAUGGAUGUGGCAUGGAAGGCAGUAAUGGACGGUGUCCAGGAGGCACGGAUAGGCUGUCGACUAGAGCAGUUCCCUUUCAGCGGGGUCAGCGGUGCCAGGGUGCUGGGUGUCCUCCAUGAUGCCGUGCUUUUUCUGCUGGAGCAGCUGCAGGGUGCUUCUCUCUGCCAGAAACACUGCUUCCGUUUCCACCAGCAUGAAACACUGGAAGAGGAGCUGCCAGUAAACCCCAGUGGCUGUGCCCGCGCAGAGGUCUAUGUGCGAAAAUCUACCUUUGACAUGUUCAAUUUCUUGGCAUCGCAACAUCGUCAGCUUCCUGAGUCUAGGCCAUGUGAUGAUGAAGAGGAUGAUGUUUUGCUCAAAUCCAGCAGACGAGCCACAAGUACAGAGCUGCCAAUGGCUAUGAGGUUCAGACACUUGGAGAAAACCUCAAAAGAGGCUGUAGGAGUUUACAGAUCUGCUAUACAUGGUCGUGGUCUUUUCUGUAAGAGGAACAUUGAGGCUGGAGAGAUGGUGAUCGAGUACGCUGGCAACGUCAUCCGCGCAGUUCUCACAGACAAAAGGGAGAAAUACUAUGACAGCAAGGGCAUCGGCUGCUACAUGUUUCGCAUUGACGACUUUGAUGUGGUGGACGCCACCAUGCACGGAAACGCAGCACGAUUUAUAAAUCACUCCUGCGACCCUAACUGUUACUCAAGAGUCAUCAAUGUGGAGGGCCAGAAGCACAUCGUUAUAUUCGCCCUGCGGAAGAUUUACCGUGGAGAAGAGCUUACCUAUGACUACAAGUUCCCCAUUGAAGAUGAAAACAGCAAGUUGCACUGUAACUGUGGGGCCCGGCGCUGCCGACGCUUCCUGAAUUAAAAUCAGCAUGUUUACUCUGGCACAUGGGCAGGAAAAGGAGCUUUAGGACGGGAUAUUUUGGUAUGGGUGGCUAUUUUUUGAAGGAAGACACUCAUUACAGGUGUUUAAUGGUGCAGAGAUGAAUGUAUUCUGAAGGAUGGUUACCUCAUAUGAGUUAUGAUUCCUACCCCAACAUUAGACACACUAGUAACAUCCUGCACUGGAUGACGUAGUUUGUUUCGAAACAACAAUCACAAAUCGUGACAUCAAAAUGAAUACCCUUUACUUAACUAUUUUUACUUGUCUUUUUUACGCUUCUUUGUCCAAGCAUGCCUUUCAGAUCUUGUCGCUGGUAAUGCAGUAGAUCUAUUCUGGAAGGAUCCUUCAGCUUGCAGAAUUAAUGUAAAUAGGUUUUCAUAGUGGAGGAUGCCCUGAAGUCAGAAAGGGUGGGAUUAUUUUUGCUACUGAAUCAAGAGGAGUUCCUGUUACGGGUCGUCCUCAAAAGCACCUUAAUAAUCUUUGCUCUUUUGUUUUUCUUGGAAACAUAAACACUGUACAUAUUCUCCAGAACAGACAAAAUCUUUAGUCAAACCAUGAACAAUCUUGCCACACAACAUAUUUUCUAACCGAAGUCUGUGCGUUUCCAGAAAAUAGAUGUUUGUACAUUUCAGUUUUUUUUUUAAAUGGGUGCAAAUGAAUGCUUCACUUACAACACACUUUUUUAAAAACCAAAUUGAACACCCUUGACUGUCACAUUAAGUUAGUGUACCUUUUCUCGGAAUGCACAUACAGACAGUUUACAGCAUUCUGGGUCAUGUACAGAUUACCAUUCUUCAUAAGACUUCACUUGAAGUCAAUUUUUGACAGAUUGGUUUUAAGAAUCCACUGUUUUUUAUGUGCUUUUAUAUCUCGAGGCCAGUCUUUAGGGGUCUAUUGUAAUAUUCUACUGUAAUAUUAGGAUCACUUGUGCAGUGUUAGACAUUUGAAAAGACCCAUUCUGAUCGUCAGUGCAACAGUAUUUAAGGAAAUAUUCAAAACCUUACUUAUGAAUGGCAGGUUUAGCUUGAAACAGCCAACAUUCAUAUUGCUAAUAGCCAGGGUAUCAACAUUCUUGUGAUACCCUUCCUCAUGCAGCAUCGUUUAGACCGACUGUCGUCUCUGUUUGGGUUGACUACAUCAGUGACAGCUAGUUAAGUUGCAGUACAAACAAUAGUAUAAAGAAUGCUGGGAUAAUCCCACACUAGCUUUGAUUUUAUGCAAUGUGACUGUAGGGGUUGUUUGUUUCAGUUGUUUGUUUUUCCUGAGAAUUCCCAUAUCCCUCUUCCCUCAUGCUUUUGUACAGAAUUGAAGUAUGCGUGUUAAAAAUGAAGACUGUGGCUUGAUUCCAUCACUGAACGUGAUCCAACUCAGAGUGAAUCUUUGUAUAUAGUUGUAUACAAGAAUUUCUAAAUCUGUAAAAUUUUUCUACGCACUUUUUUUUAUUUAUGAUGUUCUGUAUGUAAUAAAGAUGAAAAAAUAUUUGAACAGA